GCACCGGCUAUAGUCAUGUACGAGACCGAACCUCUUCAGACGCAGGCCACACUGCCCAUGGUCCGGAUACGCUGCAUGGAUGGCGCGGUCGGCAAAUGGCUGCCACUGCAGCAAAAUUGGAGCAGUCGCAGCUGCACGCUGCCGGAACGCUAUAUGAAGAACGCCCAGCGUAUCCAUGCAUUUGAGACCCGUGACAGCGAUGUGUUUGUGGUAACCUUUAUGAAGUGCGGCACCACUUGGAUGCAGGAGCUGGCGUGGUUGCUCCUAAAUCAGCUGAACUUUACGGCCGCCAAGAGUAGCUAUCUAACGGAACGCAGUAGUUUCUUAGAAUUUUCAGCAACCAUUCCGCUGUCUGUUGAUACGAUAACAGCAUGCGAGGAGAUGGUCAGUCCACGUUUGAUAAAAUCCCAUUUGCCCGCUCAGUUGUUGCCACAGCAAGUCUGGCAGCAGGGCCGUAAAAUAAUCUAUGUGGCUCGCAAUCCCAAGGAUGUUGUGGUCUCCUCGUAUCAUUUUUUGAAUGGGAUCAAAAUGUGGAAGGGCGAUUUGGAUACAUUUGUGAAUGAGUUUAUGAAGGAUGAGAUUUUAUACACCUCCUUCUGGUCACAUAUUGUGGAUUUUUGGAGAAUGCGCAACGAACCCAACAUUUUCUUUGUAACCUAUGAGGAAAUGAAGCGGGAUUUAAGAGCUGUCGUUAAGAGACUAUGCAAGUUUUUAUCUGUGGAUGAUGUUAAAGAUAAUCAAAUGGAACAAUUGCUGCAGCAUUUAUCAUUUGACAAUAUGAAGGGCAGCAAAUACAGUAAUGUGACGGACCUUAUCAAAAAAAGGCUAAAUACUACCGAGGACUUUGAAUUCAUGCGUCGUGGAGUUGUGGGUUCCUACAACGAUGAGCUGAGUGCCUUACAAAGGCAAAAACUUGAUAAAUGGACCAGCGAUUUUUUGAAGGCGUACGAUAUUAGGGAGUCGGAUAUAUUUGGCGACCUAUAAGUAGAUUUUGAAAAU